CACCGUUCGGUUGCUGAGCCAGGCUGGCGGAUAACAAGUCGUCUACAAACAGUCUUCAUUUUAAUCAUUUUGGUAUUGGGAGUGAUUAACCCGACUAAAUGCAACGACAGUGCAGCACUAGUGGUUCAUGAGCGUCAGCCAACAGUUGACAAUCUUGCUACACCAUUGCAGAGGUUUUGUCUGUCCGCUGACGAUUUAACGAUCCUGGAAGCUCGAAAUAUCUAUGAGGUACGGUAUAGCUUACUCAUAAAUUUUCCAUACCAAGGUGUAAAGUUUUCUUACAGAAACUAAUGCCGGAAAGGACAUUAAACAACGAACCGCUCCUCGAUGAUCAACGAGUGAAGCAAGUUAUCAUGGACUUAUCCCAAAUGGAAAAUAGAAUAAUAGAGAGUGUUAAGGACGAACAUAGAAAGCACCUGCUACAACAAGCUCAAGCGGAAGUAAUCGGUGGUUUUCUGCAUGAAUACUUUCUUCCUCUCACGAAAUACGCCUAUUACAGUGGUGUGAUAACCCAGAAAUCAGUAAAAGACGUCCUGCAAAAAACGAGAAAGCAUGAGAGCUUCGUAACAUACUCUGCGAAUGGACAGCGAGAGCUGGAUAUAUCCCGCUUGAACCAACAAACAAGGGUUUUAAAUGGAGAAGAUUUCAAAAACGUAAUUUUUGCAUGCCACGAGAUACCCAAGGAGUUGCCUAUACCUAUCACCGAAAUGGAUGUAGAUACAAGGGAAAUUUUCCUUAUCACAUUACCACUGCAGAACAAUAGUGCUGUUUACAAUCCCAAAUCAACAUCUGCUCAUCGAGCCUUUCUUCACUAUUACCUAGCAAUCGUUGCGUGUAAUGUACAAGAAAAAGCAAGCGUAUCCGUUGAUGGGUUCAACAAGCGUGUUUCGGAAUGGAUUUCUAUCAAUUUAGAGAAUAUUUUUGCUAAAGGAACCACCUUGCUCUAUCCAGCAUUUGAGAGUAUCCUACGAAUACAUAAAACGCUUAGCGUGAUUGAGCAUGAUACGCUUAAAAAAAUGUCUAAUGCAGAGAACCACUUUCACGAAGCAGAUAAUAACAUCAGCAAUAAGCCGUUGUUGUAUGAUACCGACAAUGGUAACAUUACAAGAUCAUCCACCAUAAGAGAACUCUCUAUCUGGAUCGGUUUUGCUAUGGCCAUACUUCUGGUUGUGUACGUUGUUUUUAGAAUGCGCAGAAAUCAUGCAAUCAUAUCGGCAAAUCAACUGACAAAGCAUGGCCAUAGACGCACUAGGCUGCACCAAAGUAUGAGUGACGAUGAAGAAAUCACUAUGUACAAUCGUUUGGAAGAUAAAGUCCCUGGUAACGAGAAACAUUAUCGUGCUUAGUGUCUCUGUUGUUCUAAAAAAGUUAUUGCAUUUUCAGUUACAGCUAAAAGAUCGAAGCAAAGGAAAUCCUCCAUGGGAAGGUUAAUUGAGCGAAUGCGAUCAAGCAAAAAGCGAAAGCUUUCCAAAGGAUAUAAACUAGAUUCAACCGAUCUUCAAGAAGAUGAAACGGAAGAUCCAAUACAAGCCAUUGCGACCGAAGCAGGACCCUCUCAUACUCAAGAGGACGUUAGAAAAUCAAACAAAAAUGUGCGUUCGUGUAGUUGCGUGUCUUGCACAGAGCGAAAUGUUUUCGAUGCCUAAUACAGCCUAACACUAUCGACGACAUGAACACUUCGAAGAAUGUGCAGUUAAGGGAAUCAACCCCCGGAAUCAUGCGGAGAGAGACCCUCGCAAUAGUGUAGUUUGGCUGCAAACUUUGCAGGAAGAAUCUGCGCUGCGUUCAUAUUUAUCAGAGAUGCCAAUUAUAAGUUGAGAAAUCAUAUUCCAAAAUGGGUAAGGGAGCAGGAAUGUAAGAACUCAAAAUAUAAGACAUCGUCAACAAAGCAGGCAUGUUUCAUUCUUAUCGGGAAAGUGAUUUGCUUUGAAUCCUUAGUGAUGUUGUCCACUUUUGAAACCAUACAUGAAUCGUGGGCAUGUGUUUGAUGCAACACGGCAAAUAAAAAUACACUUCAUGAAGGUCUUCCAAAACAAAGCACUUGUUUCAAUUGUGAUUUCCAUGCAUUCCACCAAUCCAGUGCCUUGUGUUGGAAAACUGGAUAUGAGGGAUCGGAUUACCGUUUUUUGGGAAGGGAGAAGGAAACUAAAGGGAUAUGGGGAAAAACAUG